AUGCUGCAUUGGAUCAACUUGAAGACCAUUGCUGUGGCCUUCUUGCAGGCUACAGCUCUUGGAUCUGCUCGAUCUUUGUGGUCAACACAACCAGCGACAUACGCGCCUCGGUCUAGUGAUGAGACUAUUCUCAAGACGACCUAUCCGGUAGGCAAUGGAAAACUAGGAGCAAUGCCUUUCGGACCACCUGGUUCAGAGAAGCUUGCAUUGAAUGUGGACUCGUUAUGGAGCGGGGGCCCUUUUGAAAGCUCAACAUACACAGGAGGCAAUCCCCCUUCACCCAAGGCAGGUGCUCUUCCAGGAAUACGCGACUUUAUAUUCAAGAGAGGAUCCGGCAACGUAACUGCCCUUUACGGGAGCGGAGACCAUUACGGCUCGUAUCGCGCCUUGGGAAACAUAAGUAUUGCGAUCGGACAUGGCACGUCGUAUACCGACUAUAAUCGCACUUUGGACCUCGACCGUGGCCUCUACACAACGACCUACAUGGUUGACUCGGUGAAAUAUACCACCAACUUUUUUUGCUCGUAUCCAGCAAAGGCCUGUUUUUUCAAUAUAGCGUCAACUAGUACUGUGCCUAAAACAACAGUCAAAUUUGAAGACCUGCUUGUGGACACAAUUCUGGCAAAGUCGUCAUGUAGUAAUGAAUUCGCGCGCCUCAGCGGUACGACAAGGGCUGGGCUCCCUGCCGGAAUGAGAUACGAAGCAAGAGCCAAAGGAGGUGACGGGGCAACUACGUCUUGCUCCGAUGAUGGGACCCUGACUAUUACACCCUCUGGAGGAAGCAACUCGUUGACAAUCGUCUUCAGCGCCAACACAAAUUAUGAUCAGAAGAAAGGCAACGCGCAAAAUAACUACAGCUUUAAAGGAGAAGACCCCGGUCCCGGUGUAGAAGCUGCGGUGUUAAAGGCAGCCAAGACAAACUACGAGGACAUGCUAUCGCAACAUAAGGACACGGCAUCAAUCAUUUCUCAGUACUCGGUAGACGGAAAGGGAGACCCUUUUGUCGAAGGGCUGCUGUUCGACUACGCUCGCUACCUGCUCAUCGCAUCUUCGCGAGACAACUCACUCCCCGCCAACUUGCAAGGUCGUUGGGCUGAGCAGCUUUCCCCCGCUUGGAGUGCGGACUACCAUGCCAAUAUUAACCUUCAAAUGAACUACUGGGCCGCGGACCAAACGGGGCUGACAAAGACGCAACCAGCAUUGUGGAAUUAUAUGCAAGACACGUGGGUGCCGCGGGGAAUAGAGACGGCAAAGCUGCUGUAUAAUGCGUCGGGAUGGGUAACGCACAGCGAGAUGAAUAUUUUUGGGCAUACCGCCAUGAAGGAUGAUGCGACUUGGGGAAACUACCCGGCAUCGGCGGCAUGGAUGAUGCAACAUGUCUGGGACAACUUUGAGUACAGCCGUGACGCAUCAUGGCUUAAAACACAAGGAUAUCCGCUUCUUAAAGGCGUAGCCCAAUUCUGGCUCUCUCAACUUCAACAUGAUGCCUUCUUCAAAGACGGCACCUUGGUCGUCAACCCGUGCAAUAGCCCCGAGCAUGGCCCGACAACCUUUGGCUGCGCACAUUUUCAACAGGCUAUCCACCAAGUCUUUGAAGCGGUUCUUGCCUCUGGAGAAUUCGUAUCGGAGACAGACACAGUCUUCAAGCGCGACGUAGCCUCCAAACUCGCGUCGCUGGACAAGGGUCUGCACUUCACCACCUGGGGCGGCAUCAAGGAAUGGAAAGUUCCCGACUCGUAUGGUUUCGACACCAAGAACACCCAUCGCCACUUAUCUCAUCUCGUAGGCUGGUAUCCCGGAUACUCUAUCUCCUCUUUUCAAGGAGGCUACACCAAUAGCACCAUACAAAAGGCUGUUGCGGAGACUCUCAAGUCCCGCGGUCCCGGAAAUGCAGCCGACGCCAAUUCGGGCUGGGAAAAGGUAUGGCGGGCGGCGUGCUGGGCGAGGCUGAAUGACGCAGCCGAAGCGUACUAUGAGCUGCGUUACGCAAUUGAUAUGAAUUUUGCGAGUAAUGGGCUCAGCAUGUAUAACGCCUUGAGUGCGCCGUUCCAGAUUGAUGCGAAUUUCGGAUUGGCCGGUGCCAUGUUGAGUAUGUUGGUUGUUGAUAUGCCGCAGAAGCAUGGAGAGACGGGAGAUAGGACAGUGGUUUUGGGGCCAGCGAUUCCUGCGGCUUGGGGCGAUGGUAACGUGAAGGGACUGAGGUUAAGAGGAGGGUAUUCCGUGGAUUUUGCGUGGGAUGCGAAUGGCAAGGUGAAUAAGGCGAAGCUGGUUGGGUCCGGGAAGCCUCUGAAGUUGUAUAAUGUUGAUGGGAAGGUGUUGUGA